AUGGAUGCAGCGGCCAAGGGGGGUGGUGGGUCCGAAUUGUUGCGGGCGUGCCAAAGGCAUAUCUUUAAGAAGAUGGUGAACACGGGCGAGAGCGACAAGGCCAAGCGCUACAUACAGCAAUUGGACGAGGCAAGAUGCGCCGGACGAUGGGCAGACGUGCCCGAGCUGUGCAGAAAGGUAGAGAAGCAUGCGCCGCACCGACGAUGCCUCACCCUCACCGCGCGUUCCGAGGCCCAGGUGGCGGCGUAUAGUGGACAGCGGCCCUCGACGGCCUCAUCGACAAAGUCAACGGGCGCCUUGUCCCAGAUUAUCCCGCCAUUGCUCACAGCCAUGGACGAGGGAGACACGCCGGCCCAGGACGCCUUCCAGGCAAACGUCUGCCUGGGCUGGGUUCAUUACGUGUCUGAAGAGCCUGGCCUGGCAGCUGCGCGACUUCCGGGAGACUUUGGGGCAGUCGCGACCCAGCUGUUGGCAGAGGCAGGAGGCGCCUUGAGCGGCUGGUCGAGAGUCUGUCUGGUCAAGGGCACCUACCUCAAAGGUUCCUCUCUCGAAAAGACGGGUGCAGUCGACGAGGCCGUUGAGACGUACUCAUCCAUAGUGCCCUGGCUGACGACGGCCACAACGCCGACGACCGAGUCGAUGCAGUUCAAACUAUGGGGCGAACACUCGCUCGUGCGCCUCUGCCAGCUGUCGGACCAGUCAACUAUAACGGGCGAAAACAUCAACGCCUCGGAAGCCCUACGUACCUACCGCUACUGGGCCAAGUUCUGGGAUGCCACAUCCAAGAGCGGCGCAUCCGACACCACCACUGCCACCGCAUCACGACACCGUCGACUCGCAUGGAAGGCAUACUACGACUCGCUUUCCACCAUCCUCCGCCACGACCUCGCCUACGAGCCCGACUCGACGCCCAUUGUCCAGGAAAACCCAAAGCCAAAUGCCCAGUCGGACACGCGCCUGCGUCAGCGAGCUGAGCUGAAGCGCGUCGAGACCGUUUAUGAGAGUCUACUGGUCAAGGAGACCAACUUUCCAAAGGCCAGCGAAACAAAUCACGAGGUUGAGGCAUGGGUCGACGCCGUCAUGGACAACUGGCGCCUCCUCUGCGGCCCCACGUGGAGUGACGACGACCUCGGCGAAGGCGGCAAGGAGGGCGUUGCACGAAGUGUGCUCGACAUCCUGUACCGAGCAGCUACCAAGACCUACCACUCGACCCAAAUUCUGCGUCAUCUCUUCGUCGUCCACGCAUCGCUGGCCGAGCCUGAGCUGGCAUACAAAGCUUACGAUUCCUACGUUGAGAUCAUCACGCGGAAUAAGGAUCGAUCGGAGAAGUCGGGAGAAGUCGAGCUAGGCAUUGACGACGAUAGCACCGUCUUGAGAACUUCGGCCGAAGCCAUCAGGAUGCUUUGUCGAUGGGGAUCCAGAAAGGAAGCCGAGAAGGCGCUUGAAAUUAGCCACACCAUCGAGCACUGGGUCGAACAGAUAGAGCAUCUUCGGUCCGCUUCCGAUGCAGCCCCAGUAGUCUCUGCUGAGACAGUCGUCGAGCCCACAGCAUUAGCCGCUGCAUACUGUGCCAUCGGUAUCGGCCAAGCUCACUGGGCCCGCCUCACUUACGACGUCGAAACACGGGCGACCAUCCAGGCCAAGGCGAUACAAUACCUCCGCAAGUCACUCUCGCCCACUUUCGGCGAUGAAAACAAUGUAGAAACACUCUAUGCGUUGGCGUUGGUGCUGGCUGAGACCCGAGAUAUACCGGGCGCUAUCAAAAUCGCAAAACGCGCCCUUUCCCCAGCCACCAGAGGAACAACUGUCAGUGCUGACGGUGUCAUUUCUGGUGGAAUCAUCACCGAGUACGGACGAGAGCGUAAGCUUAUUCCUGUAUGGCACCUUCUUGCUUUGCUAUUGACCUCGCGCUCCGACUUCGCUGCUGCAGAGAAGGCUUGUGAAGCUGCCUUCGAACAGUUCGGCAACCCUGUCAUCCUCUUUGGUCGCGGCGACUCAGGCGCGUAUCGUAGCGAACACCUCAAUGCCGCUACUAGUCAAGAUGGCCUCGGACUAGGUGUCGUUGAUCGCAUGGAGCGGUUUGAGAAGAGCAAUGUAUUGCAGAUUAAGAUGACGCAAUUAACUCUACUCGAAGUCACCGAUGGUGUCAUUGCCGCCGUAGAUGGGUGUGAUGAACUUCUCGCCUUGUAUGGCAGAUUGUUUGGUGACCCAGCGACCGAGACGGUCAAGCCAGUCCCUGCGUCUACGGCGCUGGCUCCCCCAAAAAGCGCCAUGGGAACUACUCGUGGAAGCAUAUUUCGCGGUAGAGGCUCGGUGCGGACAACACAACAAGACAACAAGGCUCGCAAUGAAUCCGUAAUCAGCUCCGGAACAGCCAUGACACAACCAGAAAUCCAAGUCACAAACGACGACGGGGCUGAUGCUAAUGGUCAUCACCGACAUAAGCUCUUCCAUCAUCACAAUCAAGAUGACAGCCAGGCAGGAAUGAAGAGAUCCCCGAGCAAACUCCGAAAGCGCUCGGCUAGUCUCCAAGGAGCCACCAUCCCAGAAGCUCACCAGGCGUCGGACGUACCUCCGCUUCCAGGAACUGUCACAAAUGGCACACGAACACGCAGCAGCACUGUGAAUUCAAGAACUGGUCGGGGAAUCUCCAUUCCUAGGUCUACAAGGAAGUCUGUCGAAAGCGGCGAUAGACCUUUACGGCCGGUUGCACAUAACUUGGAUCAUUCUUCUCCACCGCUCGGUCACGACGAACAACCCCCAAAACAGGAUACCCGCUUGCCCUCGCGCAUACCACAUGCAGAUCACAUACCCCCAGAUCCCCACUUUUCCAAGCUUCAAGAACGCAGGCAAAAGGUGUCAUUGCUAGUCAGUAUAUGGAUCUUCAUAUCCAGGCUGUACGCAAGGGCACACAUGUAUCAAGAUGCCAGAGAGGCUGUCACUGAGGCUCUCAAACUGGUCGAGACGUUUGAGGCAGAGGUUUGCCUCGAAUCAUCUACGGCCAAAGCUCUUUCAGACGAAGGGUGGGGAGGCGGUAAAAGUGUGGAGGAGCUGUGGGCUGAUGUCUUCGCUGCUCGUGGAGAACUUCUGGUCGCACAGUCGUUGGCUCACGAAGGACGUGUAGACUUUGAGCGUGCCCUUCAGCAUUUCCCCGACCACCCAGAGGCAAUUGUGGGUCUUUCGAAUAUCCUUCUGGAUAUAUACUCUGAAGCAAUACCACUCGAGCCCAACAGCUUCGCAGAUGCGUUGUCCCCAACUCUACCACCGUCGGUUUCGUCUACUCAAGCGAGCGCUUCGAUCCCGAAGAUACAUAAUCUAACCUCACAUACCCCAUCGGUCGAAAAUCAGCUCUCUCCACCUGAACUCGAUAGACUUACGGCACGCGAUCGUGCAUUCGGUCUGCUGUCCACACUCACCAAGCUUGGUGCUGGCUGGGACUACUCUGAGGCCUGGUAUGCGUUAGCGCGGGCAUAUGAAGAAAGUGGCCAAAUUGACAAGACUCGGGAUGUACUUUGGUGGUGCGUAGAGCUAGAGGACACGCAUCCAGUGCGAAGCUGGAAGACUGUUACUACCGGUGGGUUCGUAUUGUAA